UUAUUAUCGCAGUCGUGCGAAAUGAGCCAUAACUUCCAAGUGAGUUAUACUGCACUUGGAAUGUCCGACGAUAAUCAGACCAACUACUCUCUGCCAUCGGUGGCAUCGUCCAGUCGAGCGGCGCGCAAUGUCAACUUUCAUACAGAGAUUAACGAUGCGGCAGGAUAUCCGCCGCAACAGUUGCCGCAAUCACGUCGCAGUUCAAAGUCGUUCUUUCACCGGCCACGUUCCAUGUCCGUUUGGAGCGACAUCAGCCGUAGCAGCAUGCGUUUGGAUGAACGGUAA